CAAGAAUUUUGGCGGUAACUUGGAUGUAGACGACGUUUGCGUUUUGCAUACAUAUUUAUGUACACACAGUAGAAAAAAUGGAAUGGCAGUACCUAAAAAACGCGGCACAUGAAAACUUUGAGAUGAAUGAGGAAGUAACUAUAGUUCUGGGCAAUGAAACUUGUGAUGUUGAUUCUGCAGUGUGCUCACUAGUGUAUGCGUAUAUAAGACAGGGCCUUAGUGCUGUGUUGCAAGAAACCAAACACUAUAUACCUGUGCUUAAUAUAAAUGAAGAAGAUAAAGUACUCAAAGCUGAAGUAUUCUAUUUUCUUGAAAAAUAUGGUGUACCAGUUGACUGCUUACAAUUUAGGGAUACAAUAGACCUCAAACAUAUCAAGUCAUCUACACAUUUGAAAGUCAUAUUAGUUGACCAGCAUACUUUAUCAGAGAGGGAUCUAUGGCUGAAGUCACAUGUGGCAGAAGUUAUUGACCAUAGACCUUUAGACCCAGACUGGGAUUGGAAGAAUACUUCGAAAACAGUUGAAACUGUUGCAUCCUGUGCAACUUUGAUAGCAGAGAAACUUAUAAAUCAAGAUGCACUUCCAGUUCCUCGCAGUAUGCUCAUGCUGUUAUAUGGUGCAAUACUUUUAGACACAUGGUGUUUUGCAGAAAAUCCCAAAUUAUAUACUGAGAAGGAUAAAAUAAUUGUGGAGGAGCUAUACAGAAAAAUCAACUACCCAACUUUUGUGGGUCUUUUGAAGGAUGAAGAGUUAAUUGAUGGUGACCAUUUAUUUGAAGACCUUUUGUCUGUUCGUUGCAAUUUAACACACUUGACAGUACUGCAGAUACUGAAGAAAGACUUAAAAAUUUCAUGUGGAAUACCAAUUCCUGUGCUUCCUGUUCUAGUUCAGGAAUUUUUGAAAUUGCAUACUAUUGAGGAACUGCGGAAGUUCACAAACGAUUUUGAAUAUAAAGGCAUUAUCUUAAUAGGAGUAACAUUUUCAAAUGGCAGAUAUGCACAAGACAUAGCAGUAUUCUCAACAGACAAAUAUUUCUUGGACUUGAUGACAGAUACAUUGGUUACCUCAAGAGACCCUGACCUCCAGCUGAACGAAGUGACAGUCCACGCUAACAUGGAGUAUAUAAAAGUCUUCACACAACAGAAUUUUAAAGCAACUAGGAAACAAAUUCUGCCCAUUGUGAGGGAAUUUAUGAGACAUUUCCUAAGUCCUCCAACAGAAUGUUGAGUCUCGUGCCUCCAUUAUAGGCAGGGAUGUGUGUUUUCAUUUUGUUUUUCCAUUUUAGAACAGAUAUGUUGAUUUUCUUGUAGUAUUGCUACUAAUGCAUGUCAAAUUAGUAAUAUUGUCGAGAGACAUUGAAAGUAAGAAUCGUAUUGUAAUUUGUAUCCUUAUGUACCUUAGGUGUUUUUCUUUUUCAGUGUUGUAUUGUGUUAAUGUAGUGUUACCUUGACUCUCAUCUCUCUAUGAACAAGCCUUUUUAAAAAUUUUCAUUGACUAUAGCAUCAGUGCCUUUGUGAUCCCUUAGUUUGCUAUUAUUACACAACAUAUAUAACACAGGUACAGUAAAUAUUAACUAUGACUGCAUAAUAUUGCAGUGCUAAUAUGAAUUAUGUGAUAACCAAAUGCAUUAGUUUUAAGAACUCCUGUCUGGACAUUCUUCAAUGGUUUAGAAAUAAUUGGCCGAUAGAAUGUUUUUAACUUGCUCUUGAAGUUCACUGUAAUACAAAGAAUAUAUUUAAAGUUCUGUGUUAGAUUGUUAAAUACAUAUGUUACAAUUUAUGUGAUAUUAUGUACUAAUAUUGUAACUUUGAAGACUGUGUAUUUGGCUGUAAGAUUGUGAAAAUACUUUGUACUAUGCUUUUACAAGAGAAACACUGCAUUACUGAGUGUAUGUAUUGUUAUUGUCUGAUAGUGUUCAAAAUACCAAGCUUUCUAAAGAGUUCUCUGCAGGGCGUCAUGAGACUAUUCACAGGUUCAGUUCUGAUAGCAUUCUUCCUUUUUCAGUAAAUUUUACUUCUGUUAGUUGCAAUCUCUCUCUCUCUCCCUCUCUACCUCCCUCCUAUUCUCCCCCUCUGUCCACCUCCCUGUACCCUUACCAUCCCCUUCCCCCUCACCCUCCCACCCCAGGACAGUUUGCAUACAUGUAUGCUGAAUGAUCCAUCUUCUUUGUUUCAUCACCUACAUCUGUAAUCACGCAGCUGAACUGCAUUGAGUCUAGGGUGUGUUUUUUUCCAAUUCAGGUUGUGAUUUGUCCGUAGUCCUAAUAAGAGAAUUCCAUCUACUGCCCGUAUU